AUGAAAUCGGUGACGUUUGAGGACUCGCUUUUCGAGGAGUGCUACUUUGAGGACAUCACCUCCAGCAACACCUUCUUCAAGAACUGCACCUUCAUCUCCACCGUCUUCUACAACACAGGUUGGGGCCGGGGGGUCGGGGUGGUCCCCAGGGGGGUGCUGGAGAAGGGGGCGACCCCAUCGAACCCUUUCUCCAUCCCACCAGAUCUCUUUGAGUACAAGUUCAUCAACAGCCGGGUGGUGAACAGCACCUUCCUGCACAACAAGGAGGGCUGCCAGCUGGACUUCAGCGAUGACAACAACGCCUACAUGAUCUACUUCGUCAGCUUCCUAGGCACCCUGGCCGUCCUCCCCGGGAACAUUGUCUCGGCCCUCCUCAUGGACAAGAUCGGCCGCCUCCGCAUGCUGGCCGGCUCCAGCGUCAUGUCCUGCGUCAGCUGCUUCUUCCUCUCCUUCGGCAACAGCGAGUCGGCCAUGAUCGCGCUGCUCUGCCUCUUCGGCGGCGUCAGCAUCGCCUCCUGGAACGCGCUCGACGUGCUCACCGUGGAGCUCUACCCCUCCGACAAGAG